CUGCCUGUCGACACCCGCCACGGCGUGCGCGUGAGGGCGUGGGUCUUGGGACCGGCAGCAGUCGCGGACUUCUCCCUCUUAUGCUGGCAGUCUACCGCAUCCAUCCGGCCGGUCAAGUGCACGCGUCACUCUGCCCCCUCUGCUUCGUUCGUCCGUCUCAGUGCUUUGCAGGACUUGGAGCUCCUGGGCUCCCUUACCGGACGAGGGGCGUAGGACCGGUGCUGGCACUACUAGUGACACUAGGGGUAUGUUCGCACCCGCGCAUGACGACGACGAACACCUCGCUCAGCCAACGGGCAAGUGGUAUGCCCCCUCCCCUACCCAGCCUGUCGAGCGUACGCAUCCCCCGCAAGUCCCUUGAGAGCUUUCCUGGAGGGGUACGUAUCACCUGGCUGCGGCUCCCUCUCUCGUGGAAGCAAAAUCUGAACUCGCAUCGGUACGUCAGCCCGCCUUAUCAUCCGUAUCCGUCCUUUGUAGCACACUGGCGUUUCCGGGCUUUCAUGUAUCUCAGCUUCGCAGGGUUUCCUCCCUUGCUCGUCCGGCUCCCGCAUACAUCGAGCGCAAUACGAGCCUGCAGUUCGUCAACGCUGGACGAACAGACCUGCACGGCGGGAACGAGAUGGCGAUCCACCCGCGAUGUGACACGCGAUACAGCACGUCACUCCGUCCCCAGUCUUAUGCUACUAACCACCCUGACGUUGAGCCGUCGCUCUGCAGAUGAACCGCAACCAAGAAGUUAUUGUGCCAUCUCCCGCGCGGUUGGAGGUUUCGCGUCUGCGAUGUCUAUGUGGUCCUCCGCUGAUCGCUCCCGGCGUGCUCUAGCACGGCGAUGCCCUUGCAUGGAUGUCAUCGGUCGGAACAACGUACUCGUCGUACGUCCCUCGUCCUGCAUUCAAGGUACGACGGUUCGGCUCGUCGGUCGACCAUCUUCUGGGCAGAGCGAUGCGAUCUCGCUUCUCUGGUACGAUGGUGAGCGAGGCUGCAGGACCGAGCGACACCGUAGCAAGCUAUGGUCUACUCAGCCGGACGAGCUUGCUUACGCUACCUUUGGGGUCCCCUCUUAUCCGGAGGCGAUAUUCGGGAUGUCUGCGCGACGUCGAACUCGACGUGUCGUUCGUCGUUAUCGGCGACGAAGGUGUAGAAACCAAUGCGGCAUGACUCUGCCCGAGCUGGGGAGGCUUGCCUGCCAUGCUGGCUGCAACGAAACUAUCCGUAUGCCAUAGACAAAGACACCGGAACGUAUCGCGCCGAGGUUUAAUGAUAGCAAUGUCUCUUCAUUGCUGCACAGGGGGUCUCAUCCGCGUUGUCAGCAGCGAGCUCACAACGGGUGAGCCUAUCCCAUCCAACG